GCUGCGUGCACUGACUGUCCCUCGCAAGCCUCAAGACCACCCCAAACGACGACGACAUGGCCGAAGCAAAAACCGCCCCCACGAACCCCAUGAAGGAGCUUCGCAUUGACAAACUCGUCAUCAACAUCUCCGUCGGCGAGUCCGGUGAUCGUCUCACCCGUGCCUCCAAGGUGCUCGAGCAGCUCACCGGCCAGACGCCCGUCACCUCCAAGGCCCGCUACACCGUCCGCACGUUCGGCAUCCGGAGAAACGAGAAGAUCGCCGUCCACGUCACCAUCCGCGGGCCCAAGGCUGAGGAGAUCCUCGAGCGCGGCCUUAAGGUCAAGGAGUACGAGCUCCGCCGCAGGAACUUCUCCGAGACGGGCAACUUUGGCUUCGGCAUUCAGGAGCACAUCGAUCUUGGUGCCCGCUACGACCCCGGCAUCGGUAUCUUCGGCAUGGACUUCUUCGUCGUCAUGGGCCGCCCUGGUGCCCGCGUCGCACGGAGGAAGGAGCGCAAGGCUCGCGUCGGCUGCCAGCACCGGGUACACAAGGACGACACCAUGUCCUGGUUUAAGCAGCGCUUCGACGGUAUUAUCCUGAAAUAGAUGCAUCACCCUCUUUCCCCUUGCUUUCUCGACUUCAGCGAUGUAUCAUGGUCGUCGUAUGCACGUACAAUACGCUAUGCAGUGACUUAUGUCUACACCACCCAUGUCUGUGCCCGUUCGACACACGAACUACGCACGUCCCAAAAUGCAAAACCAAAAA